GCGAAAGAAAAUGGGACACGUAUAGGGUGAUUCAUUAAUUCUGUGUAACCUGUUUGUUAUAAUAAUCCGCUGGCUGCCCCGUGAAAUCUGUCGGAUUUCAGGAGCAAAGACACACAGAGCCAUCUUGGUAUGUGUGGAUUGUGUACGUAUGUAGGUACGGUAUAUGUAUAAUAUAACGGAGAGUCAAUUCUCCGGCAGUUAACAAAUUGUUGCCGGUCGCGGGGGUUACGCGAAGGGUGAAGAAGGGGGAUUUUGCGGUUAGGAGCAUAAUACGUCGUUACCCAACCCCCGAGUUAACCCGCACGCGUCUACAGGGGGUAGAGAAUCUCGGUCGUCGCGACGCGACGCGUCGGGGAGACCCCUAAAGCUCUGUAAUUAAAAUCGUCCCAUUGUCAGGCACACUAAACGAAUACACGAUCAUCUAUGUCAGAUAAAUAUAGGGUAGAAGAUUCACGUAUAUAAAAUUACUCUUUCAUCGGCCAUAAUUCGAAGAAAAUAGUAUAAUGAAAUAACGACUAAUUGUCCGUCCAAAAAUCUAAAAUAUUUGGAAUCGAUCAACGAAUGGGCGUACACCAGAUAAUAAACGUAGAAAAUUUUUCUCUUAUAAUUAAAGUUUGUCCUAAAUAAAUUUAUCAGACAAGUGAAAUUCGCAACAAUCAUAAUUCGUUCACAUAAGUAACAUAAUCAUUACGUUUGAAUAUACAUACACAUGUACCUGCAGCAACGAUUUUUUCAAACGAUGCAUGCGAGUAGAGAAUAUUGAUUUUGUAUCAGUUUAUUUAUAGAAAUAACGAAUUUCUUCGAAGAGGAGAAAUAACCCGGAACUAAAUGAAGGCGUAGGGAAUCUCCCCCCUAAUAUUAUAUAAAAGUCAUAAUUUCACGCCGUUUAAAGUGCGAACCUCGACCAUUGUACCACGACUCGUCGAUCUUCGUAUGGCCACUGCUAGGGGGUUGUUUUUUCUUUUCUCUUUUAUUUUUUUUUUUUUAGGUUCCCCGCGUGGCACCUUCAACCCUGCGCGUUGAUCCUUUAGCGUAUUAUAAACCCUCGAGAGAGAAAGAGAGGGCGAGAGAGGAGGCGAAGAACUUGAAGGCGAAGGUCGCCGGACUUUGAGAGCCCUAAAGAGAGACUUUGCCCUUAAUAUACUUGUAUAGCUAUCUUCAUGGCAUACAAGUUAUGUACUUGUAGAGCGGUUAUUAAUGACAGGCGUUUGCUGAGUCAGUCGACUACUAUGUACUACAUCAAGUACACAUAUAGAUAUUUCGGUUACAUGAUAUAUAGUUAGUAUACGGGAUCUCGAAAGUUUAAUAUCCGCGCGCGAGACCUAAUAAUGUGGAAAAGGUUCUCAGAAUCGUACAUUCUGAGCUUGCAAGGAGGUCGCGUGAAGGGUGAAAUAAAACGGAGUGUAUGAAGACUGUAAUCAUUUCGCGAUUUCAAUUAUAAAACAAGUGCUAAAGUCGAUGGUUACCACUAUAUCGAAAGAAAUUCGUGUCCAAACAAGACAGAUAAAAAGAAAGAAUUGAAAUGAAAUUGCAAAAGACAGGGAUACCUGUCGACUAAUUUUCAAUAAAGAGCUGGAUAAAAUCACGGUUAGGCGGAUUUAGAAGUACGUGCGGUGAGGUCCAUAAAAAAUUUAAAUCUCACUCAAACUUCCUCACAUACCCUUUGCGUGUAUUAUGUAUGUAUACACAAUAAACAAAUACAUUUACAGUUAUUAUCGUGAUUUCGAUCAUUCGAACUGCAAGCUCUAUAAUUUUAUUCAUAUAGCUUAUGCCGGAAGGUCGCGUUUAAAUAUUCAAUAUAAAAGAGGGUAAUCUACCAUACAUCAGUUUCCAGGGGGAGUUUACCGGAGACACUCUAUAACGGACACCUGCGGUAUACUUUUCUGUCUUUACCCUGCACUACUCGAACAGUUACUCCGUGGCCGGGACACGACGAUGGUCGAAUUACAGGGGGGAAAAAUAAGCAAUUCUAAAAAAACUAUCGGAUGGAAAAAAAUCAUUGUUAAUCAAGCCAAGGAAUUCUGUCUUUCGACGGGACUACACGGUUACAAAUAUAUUGCUCAGGCUCAUCGCUCCGUUCCUGAAAGAAUAACGUGGGCAGUUGGGGUUAUCGUUUCGCUUUGUUGCGCUGUAGCUUUGAUGCAAAUUGCCUGGGAAUAUAACACAUCACAUCCAACAAUUACGGUUAUCGAAUCAACACAUCAUGGAAUAUGGAAUUACAGAUUUCCAGCAGUCACCAUUUGUGAUAUAAACAGAGUAUCGCUCAACCGUACCCGCGAUCUCGUCCGCAGCUUAAAAUUACCAAACAAUAAUGUUUCUCGGGAGGAUCUUGUGAUGGAAAUGCGGCUGUUGAAUGAAAUGCUCGAUCCAGGAGUUUUUGGACGCAAUGUUACGAUUAAUCUGACAAACCUUCAAGAUAUAUUCGAUUUUAAUCAACUUUCUAUACCCAACGUUAUGCGAUUGGUUACGAGAAACUGUUCUGAGAUUAUAGCCAGAUGUAAAUGGAAGGGUUAUAUAAAACCCUGCGCUUCUAUGUUUGAAACAUCUCUGAGCCGUGACGGUCUAUGUUGCAGUUUCAAUUACUUUGGAAUAGUAGAUUCCGAGGUCACAGGCGCGCCUGAAGUCAAGUCUGCCUCCAAAUCGCACUCAAAAAUCAGCCACGAACCGCGAAGAGUUACGGCCUGCGGAUAUCAGACGGGUUUAACGGUUUUGAUAAAAAAUGCCCCUGAGGAUUAUCACGCUGCGAUUUUAGGAGGCUUUGGAGUAAAGGUGAUGCUUCACGAUCCUUACGACUACCCGGACCGCAACGUUGAAAAUAAAUUGAUGGGAGUUGGGACAGAAGUUUUCUAUAGCGUUAAUCCCGAAGUAACUUAUUCAACAGAUGACGUCCGUAGCCUUCCAGUAUCGAAGAGAAACUGCAUAUUUUUUGACGAAAGACCAAAUUUUGGAGGAUCUAUCAGACGAUAUUCUUAUCACAAUUGCCUCGCUGUUUGUCGAUCAAGUACUAUUUUCGAAAAAUGUGGAUGCGUACCAUAUUAUCAUCAGAAUCUACGCACACUCAAUAAUAUACAGAACGAUUCGAAGAAUGUUUCAGAUAAUCGUCGUGUAAAGAGAAUCUGCAAUCUCAGAGACGUCGACUGCGCCUAUCGUUAUCGUCACUGGUUCGAGACGUCAUGGCCCGGUAUUAAUGUUACUAGCGAACAUUUGCCACCUAGAAUAACCAGCGAAUCUGCAGGGCGACCUUGUAAAUGUAUACCAGAUUGUGACCUCCUUCGAUACCCUCUGGAAAGUUCGGCAGGAAUUUUCGACCGCAAUAAUUCAUACCACGAUCUUGCAUUCUAUGAAGGAGUUCAGCUGAAAAAUCUUAGCGUCUUACACGUAUUCUUUACUGACCUUGUGUCAACGCAAUACCGUCGUGACAUUUACUACAAUUGGCACAAUUUAUUCGCAUCGUUCGGUGGGCUACUCGGUCUCUUCGCAGGCUUCAGUUUAAUGUCGGGAUUCGAGUUGAUAUAUUUCUUCUCCAUCCGAUUGAUAGCGGAUAUAUUUAGUGACAGAAAGAAAAGACGGAUGUGAGCACGAUUCGUGAUAAACUAUGGAUAACGAUGGACGGAUUUUUCGUAGAAUUGUUUCAUAUGUACGUGAUUAUUCAGUCAUUUUAUUAUUAUUAUUGCUGGACUACGAAGCAGCCAUUCCUGCAUUAUAGAUAUAGCCCCGGCGAAGUGUACGGUUAUUACAAUUAUCAAUCGAUCGUUACUAUAGACUUUCGCUUUUAUAAUGAUUGUUUCCUGGUGACAUUGAAAUUUUCAAAGCCUCGUACGAAAGUGCGGAUUUGUUCGUAGAGAUAACGAUGAUAGAUGAGGAUUGGGAGUUGCAAUAAACACUCUUGUGGUUAA